AUGCGCUCAUUUUCGAGUGUACUUACUACCAGGGAUCGAAAUGUCACUAUGAUGGAAAUCAACAAUAAUUUGCUGAUGGCCCGUUUGCAAGAUCGUCGACGAGAUGGAGGAGAUGGCGUUUCGUGCAAACACCCAGUGUUGGAUAUUUUUGACGAGGCGAUCAUGAAGUUUUUCCCACCGAGCCCGAAACCAGAUUGCCCAUCCGAACCCCCUUGGGUCCACCUGCGUGGGGACAAGGUUGUGGUUGACCAAAAUCUAGUCCGCGAACGAUACAUUCGAUGCAUUUUCUCAGAGGUUUUGCGAGAAACAGAAGAUCUCAACCGUCAAGGCCCCGUCUAUUCAACAGACAAAGAACAUAAAUUCCGCCUCUCGGACUUCGUUGUAGUUGGUUGUACAGAUAGACACGAGAACAAAUGGGGAUCAGUCAUAGCUGGUGGGUGGCGUAAUGAAAAAGUUGUUUCCACCACUGGUUGGCAGUUACUGUCACCUGAUGGUUUACCCGUCAAUGUUCUCAUAUGGGGUUAUGAUUCCAUUUCUCGGAAUACUUUCAUCAGGAAACUACCAAAAACGUAUGAUUUCCUUAUUGAAGCUCUUGGAGGGAUGGUGUUGAAAGGCUACAAUAUUGUGGGUGAUGGAACUGCUAGAGCCAUAAUCCCUAUGAUGACUGGGAAAACUGAGAUAGAACUGCCUGACGCUCGGAGACGGAUGGGAGAUGCGGCGAGUUCGGUGGAUGUGUAUCCAUUCAUUUGGAAGAAGUUUAAAAGCCGGGGAUACGUGACGGGUUACCUGGAUGACAGACCCGAAAUCGGUACUUUUCAGUUAAAUCUGAAGGGUUUCAACAAGACACCCACGGAUCUCUAUACUCGUCCUUUGUAUCUGACCCGGGAGCGACUGGGUUUGACGACGUUUGAGAAAGUGGAAAUGCUGAAGUAA